GAAGCACCGCGGAUUGAGAAUCAUAAUCAAUCUCGCUGCUUCCCAUUUCCUAAUUGCACGAUCACAAACGAGAGAGAGUGAAAAUGUCGUUCUUUUCAAGGGGCCACCACGGCGGCUACGAAGGCCACGGGGACAAGAUCGACGACUUCGACGAGUACGAUCCCACCCCCUACGGCGGCGGCUACGACAUCUCCCUCACCUACGGCCGUCCUGUCCCUCCCUCCGAAGAGACAUGCUACCCCAUUGGAAACUCUUCCUCCGCCGACGACAGCUUUGACUACGAUCGCCCUCAAUACAGUUCCAACGCUGAACCCUCUGCUUAUGGAGACGAAGCCCUCGUCACUGAGUAUAGCAGCUACUCUCGCCCCAAACCUAGGCCUGCACCUGCAGGCUUCAACCCCGCCGCUGGAUCCGGGUAUGGCGGAUCCGGGUCGGAAUACGGAUCCGGGUAUGGCAGGAAGCAGGAAUCUGAAUACGGGUCAUCCGGGUACGGCGGGAGAAAGGAGGAAGCUGAAUAUGGGUCUGGGUAUGGUGGGAGAAAGGAGGAAUCUGGAUAUGGGACAGGUUAUGGAGGGAGAAAGGAGGAAUCUGGAUAUGGGACUGGUUAUGGAGGGAGAAAGGAGGAAUCAGAAUAUGGGUCUGGUUAUGGAGGGAGAAAGGAGGAAUCUGAAUAUGGAUCUGGUUAUGGAGGAAGAAAAGAGGAAUCUGAAUAUGGGACUGGGUAUGGUAGGAAGCAGGAGUCAGAUUUUGGAUCCGGGUAUGGUGGUAGGAAACAAGAAGGUGAAUAUGGGUCGGGAUAUGGUGGAAGAAAGGAGGAGUCUGAAUAUGGAUCUGGGUAUGGUGGGAGAAAGGAGGAAUCUAACUAUGGAUCCGGUUAUGGAGGAAGCAGGCCAGAAUCUGAAUACGGGUCGGGAUAUGGUGGAAGGAAGGAGGAAUCUGCAUAUGGGUCUGGUUAUGGUGGAAGGAAGGAGGAAUCAGAAUAUGGAUCCGGGUAUGGUGGAAGGAAGGAGGAGACUGAAUAUGGAUCCGGGUAUGGUGGAAGGAGGCAAGAAUCUGAAUAUGGAUCCGGGUAUGGUGGAAGAACGGAGGGGAGUGAAUAUGGAUCUGGGUAUGGUGGAAGGAAGAGUAGUGGGUACGGGGAAGAGCAGCAGCAGGACAGUGGGUAUGGUUAUGGAGGGAGGAGUGAGUAUGAUGAGAAACCUAGCUAUGGGAGCCAAGGAGGUGUUGAGUAUGGUUAUGGGCGUCCACCUCAGGAGGAGGGAUACCGAAAGCCUAGCUAUGAGAAGCGUGAUGAUAAUGAUGAUGAGGCCUAUGGACGCAAGAAAUAUGGUGAUGACUCGGAUGAUGAUGAUAGGAAGAAGCAUCACCACAAGCAUCACCAUCAUCACAAUAGUUAUGCCGAUGAGUAAUCAAAAUGCCAGUGGUUGCUGUUUGAAAGUCACCCCAUAAUUACCUACUAAAUAAAGGGUUGACACCAUUAUACCUUCCUGCGUGUUUAGACUAUUACUAUGAUGUCUUGAGCUUUAAGCACUGUUGGUCUAAACUAAAUGUGAGGUCAUUGGCUUUUGUGUGAUAAUAGUAUCCCUAAUGUUCGAGUUUGUGUGUUAAUGUAUUUUCACUUUCCAAAGUUUGAAUGCAUUUGGCCGUCCUGCAACA